AAGGGCUCAGGCCGGCGCGGCGAGCUUUCCGCUUCCGGCCGCCAUAUCCUUGGGGGAAUGCUUUCGUUUCGUGGUGCUUUGAAGUGCAGCAGCAGGCAUUGCAAUCUCAAGGACCUCGGCAAUCAUUUUAAUCAUGGUUAAUUGCGCUGUGUUCGGAUGCAACAACGAGUCGCGGCGGAAAACUGUCUCUGGUGAGAACACGAAGAAGCUUAGUUUUUUUUCUGUGCCGAAUGUUGUUCGUUGGCAAUGCAGCCAGACCUUAGAGAUCUCAACGAAGCGUCGAGCGGAAUGGUUUCGUCGCCUCUACCGGGGUGACAUUAAUACAGACGCUACCCACUACAAAGUCUGCAGCGAGCACUUCGUUUCUGGCAGGCCAUCCUACUUAAUGGAUCUGACGAACCCGGACUGGGCGCCAAGCUUGCACCUAGGGUAUGACACAAAGUCAACAACUCGAUCUGAAGAAAGGCACCAGCGACGUUGCAAGAGGGCUGCGACUCCAAAGGUGGUCCAAAAGGCCGAUAGCAGAGUGCUGCGACCCUUGACUACAAUGUUGAAUGCACAGCAGAGUGCUGUGAACAGUACUGUCACAAGCACACCACUUGCAAGUCCCAUUGCAGUACAAAAUGACCAAGGCAAUGAGUCACAUAUGUCUCAUUGCACAAUAAAUGAUUCAGGCCCAACAAUGCUGCAACAAGUACCAGCUGCAACUGUACCACAAGAUGCUGAUACUGCAGCUGACAUAUUUCACCCACCAUCCAUGCCAUCACCUGAGGUAGGCAGGGCCCCAGUCUCAGCUGAAACUGGUUCUACUGCUGGAGCUGCAGUGGAUGGCGCAUCCUAUGUGAAGUUCUCUGAGGCUGGUGUUCAAGCCACCACUUCGACGGCUGAAGCUUCAGUGAACACCACGUCAUUGCUAAAGGACGCUGAAACCCAAACAGAUAUCACAAGCAGUGCAUUAAACAGCUUCGAAGGCGACAACCAGGCCCUACGUGCAGAGGUAAACGAAGUGAAGGGCUCUUUGCGUAGACUUCAGUUGUCUAAAGCUUCAUUGGAGCAAGACUACAACCGUGUAAAAUUUUACACUGGCCUACCAAGCUACACAGUUUUGAUAGCGCUGUUCGCGCUUCUCGAGAGUGGUGUGUCGCACAGCGCAAACAAUGUGCUUACUAAGUUCGAAGAGCUUGUGCUCACACUUGUGAGGCUGCGACUAGGAGUGCCCUUGCAGGACCUGGCGUAUAGAUUUGAGGUAAGUGGACUGGUGGAAUUUGUAUUGUUGCGAGCACUUAUUUACAGUUGGCAUCACGUAUAUGUUAUAAUACUCUCGUGGGCUAACAUUUGGUGGCAAGAUGGCCCUGUUUGCUUUAUAAUAGUGACUGGCUUUAUCUUUCAGGUCAGCCAAGCCACAGCAACACGAGUAGUCAACCGGUGGAUUGCGGCCAUGCAUGUACGACUAAAACAGCUGGUGGACUGGCCCAGUCAUGAACAAUUGCAGCAGACCAUGCCAAUGGCCUUCAGAAAAGCAUUUGGCACGAGUGUGGUAGUCAUUAUAGACUGCUUCGAGAUAUUCAUUGAGCGCCCUUCGUCAAUGCUCCCUAGGUCACAGACGUGGUCGCGGUAUAAGCACCACAACACGGCAAAAUAUCUGAUAGGAAUAGCACCUCAGGGAGCAAUCACUUUCAUUUCCAAAGGGUGGGGAGGCAGGACAAGCGACAAGCUUAUAACAGAGUCGAGUGGAAUGUUGAACCACCUUCUCCCAGGUGACACGGUGCUCGCCGACAGAGGAUUCACGAUUGGUGAUGCCGUAGGCAUUCAUCGUGCACGCCUUGAGGUUCCUGCAUUCACAAGGGGGCAAACCUCAGCUAUCAGCCUGGGAGGUUGAAAAAACUAGGAAAAUUGCGAAUGUGCGCAUCCACGUGGAACGUGUGAUAGGUUUGCUGAGGCGAAAGUACAAAAUUCUUUCAAGCACCAUCCCUAUUGAUCUGCUAGCAGUGCGAAGCGAGGACACUCUAACACAACUUGACAAAAUUGUUGCGGUGUGUGCUGCGCUGAUAAAUCUGAGCAAAUCGGUUGUGCCUGUUGACUGAUCUGGAUGCGCCAAAUCUAAAUUUUACUUAAAGGGGUUGAGACACCAAAUUUUGAGGGUAUAAAAGGCCUGCUGCAGGCUUCCUCUGUAUGAAAGGACACUCAACAUGAAGUGUUC